UCAUCCCCUCCCCAAGCAGACAGGAUCCGGGGCUGCCAGCUACAAGCAGUGCCUCCCAUUUCUAGAAUCUUUCAGCUCGUUGCCAUGCCAACCCCAGCCCUUCCUGGGAGGCUGGCAAGCCCAGUGCCCCCCUUCCCUUCCAAUCCCCUUGGACCAGGCUCUGCUGGCUUCUGCAGACGGCUCCAUAGCCCGGGCAGGGCAGGGGGCAGGCAUGGCACCCUGGCUAUGCACACAGGAAUGCAGCCCUUAAAUGAGCAGGGGGUGCUGCCGGCUGCUCGGCACAGCGAUGGGAAGGAGCUGGCCUGGGUGCUCUUGGUUCGGACGGGGCUACCCAGCCUGGCCUGCGGCUCUGCAGAUCCCUGCGGCGGACGAGCCCCUCCGAAGCGCCCGCCCCCCCAGUCGUCCCUGCCUGGUGCCUGGGGAGCAGGGCAGGCCCUGACCCUCGCCCCUGAGCGCCCCCACCCCAUGGACUCGCCUCCCCAGCUCUGCCUUCCAUCCGCCCCCAGCGCUUGGAGCGGGCGCCAUGGCAACGGCUGCAGGCCACGCGGGGGCAGCCCUGAGUGAGUGACGAUCCGCCGGCGCUGGCACCUGGGCACAGGCGAUGGGCAGCGGGCGUGUGGUGCUCUGGGCCCUGCCUGCCUGCAGCUGAGGGGAACCCCCGGCCUCCAGCCCAGCCACCAUGGUGAUGUCCCAGGGCACCUACACCUUCCUCACCUGCUUCGCCGGCUUCUGGCUCAUCUGGGGCCUCAUCGUGCUGCUCUGCUGCUUCUGCAGCUACCUGCGACGCCGCCUCAAGAGCCAGCAGGAGGAGCGGCUGCGGGAGCAGAACCUGCGCGCGCUGGAGAUGGAGCCGCUGCACUACGAGGGCUACUCGGGCAGCCCCCCUGGCAUGGCCAUGGCCAUCCCCCCCCGGCUGCGCAUGGAGCCGCGCCACCCCCCCGGCCCGCCCCCGCGGCCAUGGAGCUACCGGCACGAGUCGGACCUGUCCAAGCCCCCGUGCUACGAGGAGGCGCUGCUCAUGGCUGAGCCGCCACCGCCCUACAGCGAGGUGCUCAUGGACACGCGGGGGCUGUACCGCAAGAUCAACGCCCCCUUCCUGAGCCACGAGCGCCCCGAGAAGCAGGAGCAGCCCGCCAGCUACAAGCCCCUCUUCCUGGACCAGGGCUACGGCGCAGCCCUGCAUGUGCCCAGCUCUGCCAGCCAGGGCCCCGCCUUCUACCUGGAGGCUGAGCGUGCCCAGCGCAUGUUCCCCAGCUGGAUGGACGCAGAGCUCAGCAGCAGGGACACGUAUGAACCUGGGGCCUGGCACCUCCCUGUCUCCAUGCCCUUGUUUGGCAGGACUACGGCGGUUUAGGGGCCUGCCAGGCAGUGCGCCACCCUGGAGCCUGCAUGGACUGGGGCUGCAGCAGAGCCUGCCUGAGCCCUGGGGCUGUCACUGGCGCAGCUGGGCUCAAGCUGCCCAUUCCCCUUGGGAGCCGUUAGCGCAAACCCUGCCUGGACAAUGUGACGUGCUGCCUGCUGCGGCCAGUGUGUGAGGGGCUGGUCCCCGUCUUGCCCCAUGGGCCCCUGCAGGCCCCCUUGGUGCUGACUGGGGCUCCGAGCAGGCCCUGCACUCGGCUCUUCCCUAGUUUGUUUGUUACAGUUUGAGAAUAAAAGUUUGUGGCACCAGAUUCAUUCCAAGCAGGGCCAGGCUGCCUGGGUGGGGGGGACUGGGGGCAGGAUCCACCCUGCCCUCCACAAUGGGGCCUGGAGUAUCCCGCUCAGCAGGUGAGCACAGCCCCCCAGGACCCACUCUCCCUGUGGGGUGCUCGUCAGGGCCAGUUCCAAGUUUUCCUGUGGUCCCCCCGCCGCCUCCCCCAGGCGCGCUGCAUUUCCCCUCCUACCCCUCUGGGAGGGACGGGGGAGAAGUGGAGCGGCAGCACUCGGGGGAGCAGGCGGUAGUGGAGUGGAGGUGACGGGGGGGGGGGGGGAAGCGGUUCCUCUGCCCU